UCUAGCUCUGUCCACUGCACUGCUGCCAACACAUGACUCAUUGAGGUUUUCCAAAUGGCAUGAUCAAUCAUGGAAGGUGAUGUCCAUUGUCACUUUUCGGUGGCAAGAACGCUUAGCCCAGCUAGAUUCCAACUUUGACCAUUCCCUAUCAUUACAGCGAACUACUCACUGGUCCGUGUGCGACGUUGUUUUCAUAAUUAAAUUUUGUAGCUCCACCUGACAGCCUGAAGUCUGAACUGGGAUGUGAGGUUUGUGCAGAGUGAAUAAGGCAAUGCUCACUUCCUCGAAACCGCUCAGUUGCGAGUGGCGAAGUUGCCAGAUUGUUCGUCUAUCGUUUUAGAAUAAACGGUGUGUAUCAGCCCUUACAGCGCAGUCCUUGACUUUUCCAUUGCCUGAACUCGCCGGUGACCAGUGAUGCCUCAUUUCAGACGUAAAGGUAGCUCCAGUCCAUCAAGAGCGUCGAAGAAAGUGCAGGGCUGUCGCGGAAGUUUGAAUGAUGGACUUCGUACCGGUCAUGAGCAAGAUGCUCACACCACUCUAGGCGAGGCCAGGACGACCGACGAAAAUCCAGUCACAAACAACACGAACCUGGGUAAUGAUUCGGCAAUGAUGGACAGCAAAGACAGUUUAUCAGUUUUCCGAGCCAGUUCUCCGGCUACCGAACGCUCGUGUCCCGUUUGUUGUGCGGUGUUGGCGGCUGAUAACUUCCCGGCCAUGACACUCGCAUGCACACACAGUACGUGUCGCUCGUGUCUUGAGACGUAUUUCAAGCAGGAGAUUAUGGAGUCCAGAACAGGAUUGAAAUGUCUGCAGUGUGAAAACGAGUUCGAAGCUCACGACAUCACCCGGAUCCUGUCACAAAGUGAGAAUCCAGAGCUGGUGGACAGAUACCUUGAGUUUACGCUGCGUCGUUCCCUGGCGAGUAUGCCUGACAUUCGCUGGUGUCCCGCACCCGAUUGUGGCUAUGGUGUGAUCGCUAACAACUGUGCAAGCUGUCCAAAGUUAACGUGCAAACGACCAGAGUGCGGGACAACAUUCUGUUACUUGUGUGAAAGGGAGUGGCAUCCCAGAGAGACAUGUCUUGAAGCUUUCACGCGGCAUUUGAGAGAGAGCAUGCCAGAAACGAAUAUUGCAGAGGAUGCCGACAAGACCAAAGCUACUACAACUUCGGCAGCAGCGUCAUCUUGGUGGCAACGGCGAAGAAGUCGGAGGUCACGCCAAGGAGACAAGGCAAAUAAGGAAGAACCAUUGCUGGUAAAGCUAUGCCCGCAUUGUCGUGCAAAGAUCAGCAGGCAUGAGAAGGGCUGUAAUCAAAUGCAUUGCUGGGUCUGCAGUCAUGAAUUCUGCUGGCUGUGCCUGCAGUCGGACUACGACGGGCACUUCUUUCGUCCUACAGGUUGCACUUACAAAGGGUCAAAGACCUGGAGUCGACCGAGCACCGUCGCGGCCCAAGUGCUGGCGAUAGCCGGAGCACCGCUGGGUCUGGCCGCCUUGAUGGUGGCCAUACCACCGAUCGUGUUCUACCAACUACCCGCUAUACUGGUGCAUGUUGCAUCCAUCCGAGAAUACGAGACGCCCGCACGGAAGCGCCUGGCGAUCGUGCGCUCGGCAUUGACUGGCAUCGUCCUCUCUCCCUUCGUGGCAGUGCUCGGCAUAGUACUUGCUAUACCACUUGGCCUGGUGUACGCCUACGGGUACAUGCCCUACAAGAUGGUCAAGCGAGGUCCGGAACUGUCGCCGCAUCGCUUCGGUAUCGACGUCGAUGACGCCGAGCUGUGCCUGUACGUGACGGUGGACGCGGAGAGCGAAGAUAGCAUGCCUUAUCCGUCCAACGUGGCCAGGAACCCAUUCAGUGGUGCCAUUGAGAUCGUUGUCUAGCCUGCAGCCCAUGACUGGCAGGCAGCAAUUAACUGUUUUCAAGUGUACAGUAAAUCUAAUAAUUAUAAUCACAGAGGAUCACAAA